AGACCUUGGCCAUAUUGUGUAUCCACCUCGUAUAUCGGCUGCGUCACACCUACAGUGACUGUCUACCCUUUCCUCAACAACAGUCUAAGAAAUCCAAUCGGAAUAACGAAAUAACGUGAAAAGGCAUCGCAAUCGUCUUUGAAAAUGGUAAAACUGGGAAAUAAUUUUAGUGACAAGAAUAACGCAAAGGCCGUUUCCGAAGAUGGAUUCGACACCAUUCCUCUCAUAACACCGCUGGAUGCUAGUCAACUGCAGUUCCCUCCAACAGAAAAGGUGGUGGUAAAGACCAAAACAGACUAUGAUGGGGAGCACAAGAAAGGCAAGCUGCGCCCCCCGAAAAUAGCAGAGUUCUCAAUAAGCAUCAUUGAAGGUGUCUCUGAACGACUCAAGGUCACUCUGUUGGUGAUUUGUGCAUUGGCCUUCCUGGUCUGUGUGGUGUUUCUGGUGGUCUACAAAGUCUACCAGUAUGAACAACCUUGCCCCGAGGGCUUUGUGUACACACAGCAAGGCCGGUGCAUGCCAGCGGGGAUGUAUGGCUACUACCCCCCUCAGGGCCCAAGCGGACGUGGCCGUCUCUUCACCAUCAUCAACCACUACAACAUGGCAAAGCAGACCAUCACCAGGUCUGUGUCUCCCUGGAUGACCGUCAUGUCCGAGGAGAAGUUCACCCAGCAGGAGACAGAGACCACCCAGAAACUGGCCUAGGAGAGGGAGGGGGAUCUGGGUUCUGACUCAACCAUUUAAAAGAUAACGUGGUGCAAUUCAAGCAAACCCCAAAUCUGGUCAUCAUGGAUCUUAUUUGAGGGGGUUUAAUGACAGGUCCUUAGCUGUGGCACUGUUUUAAUCGUUAAAAAACCUUAACUGUGUUGUGUUUGAGAACUACAGAAUUAUUUCAAGUGGGAAGUGUAGUCAUAUUGAAUUUGGCUAUUUCGGGCAGUGCAGGGACAUCACUUGGGUGGAUUUCUGGUUUGUUUGAAUGCUGUAGCAUUUGUGGUUAUUUAUUAUUAUUUUUUAAAGUGGCAGACACUUACACAGAGAAACAACUCGCCACUGGUACACAAAUAUACUGACAUGGACACGAUCGCAGACACACCUUUGUACAUACACAUACGUUACAGAGCAACUCUCAAAUUGUGAAAUGACUGUCAAACAUUGUGUCUGCAUAUACACAUGCACGCAUUACUUUAAGCUACUGCAUUCCACACAAAACAUCUUUAACAGUCUUUAAUACCGUAAUACCAAGUACUACAUAUCAGAAGUCAGCAUGACAGAUUUUGCCUAUGAUAUCUGGGAAUAGGCCUCAUUUUUCAUUAAUUUACUCCCAUUAAACUUUUAGUAGAAAGUACUUAACAAUUACAUUGCAGAAUUUAGUAUACUCAGUAUAAAAUGAGUAUACUCAGAUAUUUAAGAUUAUAGUCACAUUAUAUCAUGGGUGCCCUUUUAAAUGUCAUAUUUGGGGUUUGGCAGUAAGGUGUAAAAACACUAUUGCUGUUUAGAAAAAGUUGUUAUACCAACAAUAACAACAGCCAAUUAGCCUUUAGAUAUUUUUGUUCCUACACACUAAAUUAAUUCCACAUAAUGGCUUGGUUUUCUGUGCAAGAGUUAGGAAUAGUCCAGCACUAAUAAAACCUAAUUUAAUGGAUCAAUCUGUGUCAGGGAAAUUAGCUAUCAAAUUGGCAACAGAAACUAGACCUUCAGACGCACAGUCACUCUAUUUCACGGCAUAACGUUAAUGUUAUGUUGUUGUCUAUGCUCGUGAAAAUAAUUGUACAGUGGUUUUGAAUGAUUUCCGUAGCUGUCACCGUAGAAGGCUAUGUAUUAUAUACCAGGCAGAGUGAAGCAUGUAGUGGAAGUCAAGAAGUCACGUAACAUUGCUGAGAUAAGUACUGCAGUUUCACGCUCAAUUGCUUUUACAUGUCUUACUGUUUUUAAGUAGCGCCUUUUGUUGGUGCGGAAUGUGUAAUUUAGUUUAAUAUUGAAAAUCUGAGGACACGAUCUGUUACAAAGAAGGAAAACAUUAAAAUGUCCACCUUUCAUUUCCUAUCCAUAUUUUCUGAAUCCUGAAUGCAACAUUAUAUUCCAACAAGAAAAUGUGAAUUCAACUUUCCUGAGCCUUGGUGUGUCAGAAAUACUUUAAUUUCAGUGUAAAGAUAGAUUUUUAAACAGCCCUGUUUCACUAGUCUUAAUCAAAGUAAUAAUUGGAACAACUGUUCUGCUUUCACUGGUUCAGAUGACACAAAUUAACCGAUUGUCAGAAACAAUCUCAUGAAUCAUGCUUCCCCCCCCAUUUCUAAGCAUGUUUUCUGGAACAUAGAUGCUGCCAGAGCCCACAUUUCCACAGAUCUGUAUGUAAUCCACAUACUCUUGAUUUGACAGCAAAUUAUGAGGAAAACUCAGUCUGUAUUAUCUAUCAGCUAGUGAAUGUGUGGAUCUCAUGCUGUAAUAUGGGGUAUGUAAUAAAAAAGGAAAGUGGACAA